AUGACCAAAUCAUGGAUCCUCAACGCUUUCGCCAUGUUUUCUCCCGGCCAUCUCUCACCAGGCCUAUGGAAACACCCCUCAGAUCGCUCCGGUGACUUUACCGAUCUGUCCUACUGGAUUGAACUGGCCAAAGUACUGGAAAAAGGAAAAUUCCACGGUCUCUUCCUGGCCGAUCAUCUGGGUGUUUAUGAUGUGUAUAAAGGGCCAGCAAAUAGAGAUCCUGCUUUGUUGUCCGGGGCACAGUUUCCAAUUGGGGAUCCUUUUCUUUUGAUUUCUGCAAUGGCAUCCGUGACAGAGUCGCUUUCCUUCGGAAUUACCGCAUCAACAACAUACGAGACAUCGCCAUACGCAUUGGCCAGAAAAUUCUCCACCCUCGACCAUCUCACCCGCGGCCGAGUUGGCUGGAACAUCGUCACAUCCUUCCUCGACAGCGCAGCCAAGGCAUACGGAUUCAACGAGCAAAUCCCGCAUGAUGAGCGAUAUCUCCGCGCAGACGAGUACAUGGAACUCACGUAUAAACUGUGGGAGGGGACGUGGCAAGACGGAGCUGUGGUGAAAGAUGCUGCGUCGGGGGUUUAUAGUGAUCCUGCGCGUGUGCGUGCGAUUGAGCAUGAUGGGAGGUAUUUUAAGAGUACGGCUGCGAGCCAGUUGCCUGCCUCGAGGCAGAGGACGCCGUUGUUGUUUCAGGCGGGUGCUUCUUCAGCUGGAAAGCGGUUUGCUGCGAAACAUUCCGAGGUCAUGUUUCUUCCUGGCUUAGAGCCGGAAAAGACAAAAGCUGUUGUGGAUGACAUGCGAAAACAACUCAUCGAAGUCGGCCGCGCACCCGACAGCAUCAAGUUCAUCGCCGGCAUCCUCGUCAUCGUCGACGAAACCGACGAAAAAGCACAAGCCAAAUACGAAGAAUACCUCGCCCAAGCUGACCUGGAGGGCAUGGCGACUCUCUUCGGCGGGUGGACCAACAACGACCUCUCCAAGUUCGAAGACGACGAAGACUUUGCGUUCACCUCCAUUGGAGGCAUCCAGUCCAUGGUGGCUAGCUGGUCCAAGACAGUCCCCAACUCGAACGGGCUGAAGUGGACGAAGAGGCGCGUGUUGCAGGAGUUGGCGCUGGGAGGAGCGCAUCCCAGGGCGAUUGGAUCACCGAGUACGGUUGCUGAUAUUCUACAGCGAUGGGUGGAUGUGGCUGGGGUAGAUGGGUUUAAUUUCUCGUAUGCUGUGUCGCCAGGCACCUUUGAGGAUAUGAUUGAGUAUUUGUGGCCCGAGCUGAGGAGGAGAGGCGUUAUCUGGGAUGAUUAUGAGGUUAAAGGGGGUGCUGCUAGGGAGAGUUACUUUCAGGAUGGACAGGGAGCGAGACUGAGAGAUGGCCACCCAGGAAGACAGUAUACCUGGGCUUGAUAUUGCUUUAAUUAGAGUACAAAAAGCCUGUUGCGACAGGGAAUGAUGGUCUCUGAAGGAAACAACCUCGGGCCAAAAGAUGCGAAUCGUUCAAGAGGAUCCUCAUCUACCUCCCAG